UUUAUAUUCACUUAUUUCCAUGGUAACACCGUCUUUACUAAGUAUAACGGGAAUGUCAGUAUUAACAUUGAUUAUUAAUGUUAUAAGUGAAGUUUCUAUAAAUGAUGAGGUACCCAGAUGAACCUUUUUCCCAAUGUGAAAAUGUAAUCCUUGAAGCUAAAAGGGUCAUACUUAUUGAACAACUAGAUCGUAUCGCUAAUGUAACGCUCUCAGAUAACAACCUUAUACACCCAAACGAGUUUGCCAACAAAUCCUUUAAUGAUUUUUUUGAAAAUAUUCCGACGUAUCGCUCCGAGAUCGAAACUGAAGAAAACUACUCUUCUAAAGAGGCUUUACCUGAGUCUCAAAAUGAAACAACGGAAGAAAGUAUCGUUGAUGAACACAUAUUAUCUAAAUACUUCCAGAAAUGGAGGGGAUACGUAAAAACCAAGAGACCAGAAGAAAAACUAAAUAUGCUCAUAGAAAACCUGAAAAACCAUGGAGAAAAAGACAGACCAAAGACGGAGCCGAAGCGCCAAAAAGCUCUCGCGAAAAUCCAAGGUUGCUUUAAAAACCGAUAUAAAAGCCAAAAAAGCAUAAUUGAAUUGCAACGCUCCAAAAUCGACGAACAAACCAAAAUAAUAAACGAACUGAAACUGGGCAUAAUCCGUGAAGAUCUUUUAAAAUCAAUUGAAAAUACUAAAAUUGAAAUAAGAGAGAUUUUUAGCAAUUGUUCGGAGCGACUCCUAAAUAAGGCGCCUCUAGUAAAAGCUCUGGAUGAGCGGGAAAAAAUGAUGGUGAGUUGCCAAAAAGCACCAAAAAUGAUCCAAAAAAUGCAGCAAAGAGCAAUAGAAAGGGCCAAAUAUCGAGAACUGAUAUUAGAACGCAAAAGACUCCUGGAAGAAACCAGACAAAAGCUUUUAGAAGAAGCCCUCGAGAAAAAGAAGUCUUUGGAAGAAGAGGAGAGAAAACGGAACCUGGAAACGAUCAACGAGCAAAGAAAAAAGGAUCUUCAACUACAAAAGAUCCGCAACGAAAAGAAAAUUGAGUUCGAAAGAAAACUGUUUGUAGCGGGUAACUUUUACAAUAAGGUCCUGAAAAGGCAAUGUUUCAAGAAACUGUUGAACUAUUAUCUGAAAUCAAAAGAAAAUCAUAGUUUGGCUAAAGAGUUUUAUUUGAAAAAGCAAAAAACGUGGGUGAUGAAGACCUGGUGGGGCCACAUCGAGUCCAAAUACAAAUUAAAGAAUGACGUUGCGGAUGCUUUCUUUAAGUUUAGGAUUGUUAAGGAAUCUUUUGUACAGUGGAAAGAGUUUAAAUUGAACUGUGUAAGAUCCAUGCAAGUGGCAGAAGACUUUUACGACUUUAAGCUGACAAAUAACACGUUUGUUCACUGGCACAGGUACGUGUGCAUACAAAUAAUGGCAGAAACUAAAAAAAUGCAAUUGGCUGCAAACCAUCACAACAGGAAAAUGUUAUUUCAAUAUUUUUACCAAUGGCGCUCUUUACCCGCUGUCCUGCAACUGGAAAAAGCAAAAGAAGAACGUAAACGCAAAUGGAGGGAGAAAGUGUGGCAAAUUCUGCCCGAUUAUCGACCUCCCGAAGAUCCUUAAUUGUUUUUUAAAUUAAGUACUGAUGCAACAUAAGACUGUUAAAUAG